AUGGAUUUGUUUCGAAGAGCCUCGAGAAUGGUCCCAUCAACAAAAAAGCUACAGCUACCUGCUCACGAUGAGAAGAGGGGCCCGGCCAAGAAGCACACACUGGCAUCGAGACUAGCAUUUUUUCGCCGGCCAUUGCGGUUACGAGGCAAUUCGAGUGUGUCCGUGCCGCUGGGUGUUGUCUUGAUAUUCCCUUUACUCGUCGUCAUACUCAUUCUGGUGCUCUUCGUUCGACACCCCAGCUCUCCUGGAAGAAUAUUAAUGCCCGCUGGCGCGCCUCCCGCUAUCCGGAAAAUCAGCGAGAAACACGACAAAGUGUUUGUCACCGGCUGUUUAGAACCCGAUGUUAGCCAACCACGAGCUAAUGCGACCUUUGUUGUAUUGGCUAGAAACAAGGAACUGGAUGGUGUUGUCCAGUCUCUCAAGUCCAUGGAGCGCCAUUUCAACCGAUGGUACCACUAUCCAUAUGUCUUCCUCAACGACGGCGAGUUUGACGACCAUUUCAAAGAAACUGUUCGCAAUCACACCUCGGGUACCGUAGAGUUUGGCAAAGUUGGUCCCGACAUGUGGGGUUUCCCUGACUGGGUUGAUCAUAAAGUUGCCAAGGAAGGUAUAGCGAAACAGGGAGAUGCCGCUGUCAUGUACGGUGGACUGGAAAGCUACCAUUUCAUGUGUAGAUUCUACUCGGGCUUCUUCUACAACCACCCGCUUCUUCUGAAAUACGAGUGGUACUGGCGAGUUGAGCCCGAGAUUACGUACUUCUGCGAUAUCACAUAUGAUCCGUUCCUGAAAAUGAUUGAGCAUAACAAGACAUACGGUUUCACGAUUGCUGUCAAGGAACUGCGCGAAACCGUUCCCAACAUCUUCCGCUACGCUUCGGCAUACAAGCGACUGAACAACCUGACGUCUCAAGGCCUGUGGGAAAUGUUUGUCGAGCCGCGAGAUCCCGCCGAGGAGAAGAAGAAGGAACAGCUUCCCGACGAAAUUUUGAAAAACGACCCUGCAAACAAUGCUCCUCCAAAAAUUGAUCCCGAAGCAAUGGAAACCGAAAAGUACAACAUGUGCCACUUCUGGUCCAACUUCGAAAUUGCAAAACUCAGCUGGUUCAGAAGCAAGGAAUACAACGACUUUUUCGAGAUGAUGGAUCGCAGUGGAGGUUUCUGGAUGGAGCGAUGGGGCGACGCUCCUAUUCAUUCCCUUGCUGCCGGUGCUUUGCUGGGAGUUAAAGAUAUUCACUACUUCCGUGACAUUGGCUACAGGCAUACCACCAUUCAACAUUGUCCUGCCAAUGCUCCAUCCCGACAGCUUCCCCGAAAACCGUAUCUAGAAACGACAACACUUGACGAAAAGAAGAGGAUAGAGGAGGAUAAGUACUGGGAGGACUGGGAUGAAGUCAAAGAAAACGGUGUUGGCUGCCGAUGCCGCUGCGAUACCGACAUUGUUGAUGUUGAGGGUAAAGAGGGCUCCUGCCUUGCCGAAUGGGUAGAUGUUGCUGGCGGCUGGGCUCCUUAA